UAUCAAUAUUAGUCCAAGACAGUCAGCUGAAGUGAGUCAGUGUCUGCUCGGUGAAUUGUGGUCCGCUUUAUUUUGUCGUCGUUUCGACGUUUCGUAACAACUAAUAGCCACAAAGCGAUCGAUUUGUUUUUCAGAAUUGUACGUUACGUGAACUGCGCUGUGGUGAAAAAACGUGCGAUUAAAAAGAAAUAUCAAUUGCUGAUUGCCUUUGUGCAAAACAUAAUUAAUAUAACAAAAAAGUCGUUGGACGACUGUGCUUUUUAAGUUUUUUUCAAUUUUGUCUGACCGUCCGAUAGUCGACAUGUCAAGCAACGAGGAAAAAGCCAUGGCCCUGUUAACCGAAGCGGAUAAGAAACUCAACUCGUCGAAAGGAUUGUUUUCUUCGUUAUUUGGGAAUGUUUCUAAGGUAGAAGAUGCAAUUGAUUGUUACCAACGUGCUGCAAAUUUAUUUAAGAUGGCAAAAAAGUGGUCGCAAGCUGGUCGAGCAUUUAUUUUGGCUGCUGAUCUCAACGCUAAAUCAGGCCGUAAACAUGAUGCUGCUACAAAUUAUGUGGACUCUGCAAACUGCUUUAAAAAAACUGAUCCAAAUGAAGCUGCAGUAUGUUUGGAAAAAGCAAUUGAUAUCUAUACAGAUAUGGGUCGUUUUACAAUGGCUGCGAAACAACAUCAAAAUAUAGCUGAAAUGUAUGAGACUGAAGCUGUUGAUCUAGAACGUGCUAUAACCAAUUAUGAAAAGGCCUCAGAUUAUUUUAUGGCUGAAGAAAGUAAGAGUUCAGCUAACAAAUGCAAACUUAAGGUGGCACAGUAUGCUGCUCAACUGGAAGACUAUGACCGAGCCAUUCAGAUAUACGAAGAGGUUGCUGGAACAUCAUUGGACAGUUCUUUGUUGAAGUAUAGUGCAAAAGAAUAUUACUUCCGAGCAGCUUUAUGUCAUUUGUGUGUUGACGUACUUAAUGCUCAACUGGCCAUGAAUCAAUACACUGAACGAUACCCGGCAUUCCAAGAUAGUAGAGAAUACAAAUUAUUACAGGUGUUGUUAAACCACAUUCAAGAGCAAAAUGCUGAUGGUUUCACUGAAGCUGUUAAAGAUUACGAUUCCAUAUCGCGGUUGGACCAAUGGUACACAACAAUAUUACUGCGUAUUAAGAAACUGGUGAAUGACACUCCUGAUUUGCGCUAAUUUUGUUUAUGAAUAAGUACAUAUUUUUAAAUUCCUUAAUUUAUAAAACAACUCUCAUAGAUAACAUCAACAACAACAACAACAAAAAAAAGAAAAGAAAAUGUAUACUGUAUAUAUUUGAAA